UAUGGUUUACUUAUAAGAAUGGUGUGUGAAGCUAAAACGGGAUACAUUUGUAAUUUUCGUAUGUAUUGUGGUGUAGGAAGUCGUUUGCAAGACACAAUUUUAAAUCUGCUUAAACCUUAUUGCAACUUAUGGCAUCACAUAUACAUGGACAAUUAUUACAAUAGUGUUGCCACUUGUGAAAUACUUUUACAGAAUAGUUUUCGGACUUUCGGCACUAUUCGGGUAAACAGAGGCCUUCCUAGUUGUUUGAAAAAUCCUAAACUAGCGAGGGAGGAAUCUAUAUUUCAUCGCCGCCAAAAUAUUUUAUUACAAUGUUGGCAAUCAAAAAGAACAGUCAGAAUGAUUUCAACUAUACAUUCAGCUGACAUUGCGGAAAGUAAUAAUAUUGACUGGGCAACAAAACAAAGAAUUUUGAAGCCAAUGUGCGUGAUUGAUUAUAAUAAAUACAUGAAGGGUGUUGAUCGCGCUGACCAAUACUUAUCGUAUUACUCGAUUGUACGUCAUACCAAAAAAUGGACGAAACGAGCUGUUAUGUUUUUUAUCAAUUGUGCGUUAUUUAAUGCGUUUAGAGUUUUUAAAAUAUUAAAUCCACAUUCAAAAAAAAAGUAUAAGGUGUUUCUACAUGAUGUGGCAAAGGAAUGGAUUAGUGAAGCUCUUCCUGGCAAUACAGGUAAUCCUUUACCACGUACAUCAACUACGUCCAGCAAAAGUGAUCCUCCAGGGAGGUUAUCAAAAGAUCCCAAAAGGCAUAAAUUGGUUCAAAUUACCACUGGUGGAACAAAAUUGAAAUCUCAAAGGCAGUGUCGCGUAUGUGCCGCACAAAAAAAAAAGUUUAACGUGUUAUAUGUGUAAAAUUUGCAAAGUUUCGCUGC